GAAACUUCCAAUAAAGUCCAAAAGCUUGCUCGUCAUUACUUCGAUUAACAGCUGUUCCAGAACCCAAGAUCUCACGAGCUCUCCAAUAAUUAAACUAAUCACUCAUUUCUUUAAUAUUUUAUAUACCAAAACUUAUACAUUAACCAGUCUUCUUCCCCAUCACUUGAUCAUCGAAGUUCAGAAACACAAAUGUAAUUGUAACAUGCCACUUUGCUCAACUUGUCCCUGCUAAUAGUUCUUCAUUGUGGAAGAUGGUCCACUGAGAUGCCAGUCAAGAAGAUCAAUAUGAAACUGGGAACCCACUUCUUCUUCUUCUUCUUCUUGUGCUACUGCAUUGGUUCUUGUUCUUUCGGUCUUGCUGAAAAACCCAGCUCGAAUGAUGAAGUUUCGGCUUUGUUGUCGAUAAAGGCCGGUCUUGUCGAUCCUUUGAAUAGCCUCCAUGAUUGGAAGUUUCCGGGAAAAGCUCACUGUAACUGGACUGGAAUAUGGUGCAACUCUGAUGGGGCAGUUGAAAAGCUUGAUCUGUCCUACAUGAAUCUCAGCGGACGAGUUUCGGACGAUAUUGGACAGCUGAAACACCUUAGUUCUCUCAACUUGUGCUGCAACGAACUGUCGUCGGCCUUACCGGAAACUGUAACGGAUCUCACGUCACUCAGGAGCAUUGACGUGAGCCAGAAUUCAUUCAAUGGGAGCUUUGCUGUGUGUUUUGGAAGAGUUUCGGGGCUAACGUUGCUGAAUGCUUCGAGCAAUAGUUUCACAGGUGUGCUCCCUGAGGAUCUUGGCAAUGUAACUUCAUUGGAGACUCUAGACCUGAGAGGAAAUUUCUUCCAGGGUUCAGUCCCGAAGUCUUUCAAGGACUUGCAGAAGUUGAAGUUUCUUGGCCUUUCAGGGAAUAAUCUUACAGGCCAGAUACCGGGGGAACUCGGGCAGCUUUCAUCACUGGAGACUAUAAUUAUGGGGUACAAUGAAUUCGAAGGCGGUAUUCCGGUCGAGUUCGGUAACCUUUCUAGUCUAAAGUACCUUGAUCUGGCUGUUGGCAAUCUUAAUGGAGAGAUUCCAGCUGAACUAGGGAGACUCAAGCUACUGGAAACAGUUUUCUUGUAUCAGAACAGUUUUGAAGGAAAGAUUCAUCCGUCGAUCAGCAACAUCAGUUCGUUGCAGGUGCUGGAUUUGUCUGAUAACGAGUUAUCUGGAGAAAUCCCUGCUGAGAUCUCCGAGCUUAAGAACUUACAGCUCUUGAACUUAAUGUGCAAUCGGUUAUCAGGUUCGGUUCCUGCUGGAAUUGGAGGUUUGACACAAUUGCAGGUGCUUGAGUUGUGGAACAAUUCCUUGUCAGGAUCACUUCCAAUCGAUCUUGGCAAGAAUUCACCGUUGCUGUGGUUGGACGUAUCGUCGAACUCGUUCUCUGGUGAAAUCCCAGAAACCUUGUGCAAUGGAGGCAAUCUCAGCAAACUCAUUCUAUUCAACAAUGCUUUCUCAGGUCCGGUGCCGGUCAGCUUAUCGAACUGUUCGUCGCUUGUUCGUGUUCGAAUCCAGAAUAAUCUUCUAUCCGGGACAAUUCCGGUAGGAUUCGGUAAACUUUGGAGGCUUCAGAGGUUAGAAUUGGCAAACAACAGCCUCACCGGAAGAAUCCCGGACGAUAUAACUUCAUCUACAUCACUUUCUUUUAUUGAUCUUUCUAGUAAUGACCUUCAAUCUUCUCUUCCGUCUACCAUUCUUUCUAUCCCGAGCCUGCAAACAUUCAUUGCCGCCAACAAUUACUUGGAUGGUGAAAUCCCAGAUCAGUUUCAGGAUUGGCCUUCACUAUCUGUUCUUGAUCUGGCAACAAACCAUUUCACAGGAAGUAUUCCUGCUAGCAUCGCUUCGUGUGAGAAAUUAGUCACUUUGAAUCUGAGGAGUAACCGAUUGACCGGAGAAAUUCCGGAAUCAAUUGCGAUGAUGGCCACUUUGGCUGUUGUUGAUCUGUCUAACAACUCUCUAUCAGGUGGGAUACCUAACAAUUUCGGAACCUCUCCAGCUUUAGAAAUGUUCAAUGUUUCAUAUAACAGACUAGAGGGACAGGUUCCUGCAAAUGGUGUGCUACGAACAAUCAAUCCAGAUGACCUCAUCGGCAAUGCCGGUCUCUGCGGUGGUGUUCUCCCUCCAUGUAACUUGUAUUCAGAAACUUCGUCAAGGCAAAGAAGCUUGCGAGCAAAGCAUAUUGUUUCCCAGUGGCUCAUCGGGAUUUCUUUGGUUCUAGCAGCUGGAAUCUUACUCAUCGGUGGGCGAUUGCUCUAUAAAAAGUGGUACUCACAUGGUGGUUGCUUCAAAGAAACGUUUGAAGCAAGAAAGGGAGAAUGGCCAUGGAGAUUAAUGGCAUUCCAAAUUGUUGGUUUCACAGCUGCUGACAUCGUAGACUGUAUCAAAGAAACAAAUGUGGUCGGGAUGGGAGCCACCGGGGUCGUAUACAAGGCUGAAAUUCCACAGUCAAAUGCAGUUGUAGCAGUUAAAAAGUUGUGGAGGUCGGGAGCUGAUGUUGAAUCUGGGAAGGGUGGGGAUUUCGUCGGAGAGGUGAAUCUCCUAGGGAAACUUAGGCAUCGAAACAUAGUUCGGUUAUUAGGAUUCCUUCAUAAUGAUACUAGCAUGAUGAUGGUGUAUGAGUACAUGCAAAACGGUAGCUUAGCAGAUGCCUUGAAUGGCAAGCAAGCCGGUCGGUUGCUGGUAGAUUGGGUUUCGAGGUAUAACGUAGCACUUGGAGUUGCACAAGGGCUUGCUUAUCUCCACCAUGAUUGUCAUCCGCCUGUUAUACAUCGAGACAUCAAGUCGAACAACAUACUGCUCGAUGCAAAUCUCGAGGCAAGAAUCGCUGAUUUCGGUUUGGCUAGGAUGAUGGUCAGAAAGAAUGAAACAGUCUCGAUGGUUGCAGGGUCUUACGGCUACAUAGCUCCUGAGUAUGGUUACACCUUGAAGGUCGAUGAAAAGAUCGACAUUUACAGCUUCGGGGUGGUUUUACUCGAACUUUUAACUGGGAAGCGGCCUUUAGAUCCUGAGUUCGGAGAAUCUGCCAACAUUGUUGAAUGGAUUAGAAGAAAGGUUGGAGACAACAAAGCUUUAGAAGAGGCAUUAGAUCCUAAUUUAGGGAACUGUAAGAACAUCCAAGUGGAGAUGCUCUUAGUCGUUAGGAUAGCACUACUCUGCACUGCCAAGCACCCCAAGGACAGACCAUCCAUGCGGGACGUGAUUACGAUGCUCGGUGAAGCAAAGCCGAGGAGGAAAAGUGAUAGCAGCAGCAAUGGCGGAAAUGCAUCGACCAAAGAGAUGCCGGUGUUUAGCACAUCACCGGUAAAUGGUCUGCUCUAGGAACAGAAUAACAGUUCACUUUCCAUAACUAAAUUCUAUUUUGUAUGUAGCAUUGUAUUUGUUAAAUGCUUGUAAUCACUGGUUCAUAUAUGUUAAUUCUCAUUGUACCUCA